GUUCGCUUAUGUUCAACUGUUUCGCUGUCUAGUGGCUACAGGGACACCGGCUCGCGGAGCAACGGCAUCUAUAUUUAAUGCGCGGUCUAGACGGGCGCAAUGAGAGUUUUAUUUGCUAAAAGUGCGAAAAGUGGUUGUAAAUAGUGCGAUACCGGAGCCUGCAUCCGAGUGGGAGUAACAUCACAAGGAUGAUAUCCCGCUGGGCACAGUUUCUCCUGUUGGUUUCGAGUACCAGAUACUCAUUAAGUUCCACAAUUGUUCCGCCACUGUACCGGUAUGACGAUCAUGAACAAUGUUUGCAGAGUAAUUCUAAGGCAGUUUACUGCGUUUUGGUGAUAAACCUGAAAACGGAUACCGUUGAUCCUCUGGAUUCGAUCCGGAUUGAGUUGGGCUUCCGACGAAAUGAACUGGAAUGGGGCGUUUGUGUCGCUGACUGUGAGCAGGAGCUAGCGGGAUUCAGUGAAAGCGAACGUCAACGAUUGUACUAUCCGAAGUUUACGAUUAAUCACAGAAACAUGUUUCCUACCAAUUACUGGCCGGAAAAGGUAGAACCCUACAAUCUGACGUACGGAAAAUUGCUGAAUUCUUGUGUGAACAACCGACUGCAGCGGGAUUACAACCUCACCCAGCUUGGCCACUCGAAAAUCUGGUAUUGCAUUCGUAUCGAUCCGCCCGAGCAACAAAAUACUGGUUUAGAUUGGCUAACAGUCCUAUUCCUGGCGAUUGUUAUUACACUCACUAUAGCCACGGUAGGCGCUAGUGCAAUAGAUCUGUUCGAUGGUCGCCAUGUAAAAGGUAAUGUGGUCGUAUCAUGCUUUGCCGUGAAACGGAACUGGAUGCGACUUUUGCAGGAUCCUAAGACUGAACUCUACCGGGAUUUCGGAUAUAUCGAUGGACUACGUGUAUUAAUCAAUAUUUUUACGGUGUCCCUCCAUUGUACAAUGACGAGCGUAAUCAUGUCACUAUAUAAUCCAGAAUACGCUGAAAAGAUAAUGAAAAAUCGGUUGAUGCUAAUGCUUACCUCUACGACACCGAUAAGCGUGCAAAACUUUUUCGUCAUAUCCGGGAUGCUGCUGACGGUGCAUUUUCUGAGGGAUAUUCAAAGGAAUCCCACAUUCGACCUAGGAUAUUUUCGAACCAAAAUAAUCAACCGAUUGAUUCGCUUAGUGCCGGUGUAUUAUUUUUUUCUGCAUUUCAGUCUAGUUGGAGAUGGGCUGGUGAGUGAACCACUUAGCCCAAACGGACAGAGAUCCGUGACUUUGGAGCAGCGUAUUUGCUGGAGACAUGGAUGGAAGAACUUCCUGUUUGUGAAUAAUCUACCAGCGGACGAGGAGAAAUGUUUUGCCCAGGGUUGAUAUCUGGGUGCGGAUCAACAAUUAUUCAUUGCUGCCUCGUUUCUACUGGCGCUCAUUUGGAAGUUUCCGAGGAAAACCAAGACUUUACUGUGGAUGGUUGUCAUAGUUUCGGUAAUCAUACCGGCAGCAUUGGUUCACUUGUUGAACCUGGAGACGGUGGCACCCGUUGGACUGUGUGACUCUAAAUUUCUUCUAUACUAUCAACGCUUCUUCAAUCACAUCUAUCAAACAAGCUAUAGUAACAUUCACGCCUACAUUGCUGGAAUAAUCGUAGGAUUCUUAUACCACCAAACGAGAAAUGGCCGGUUGAAUCUUGAAAGCUCAAGGCUGUACAAUUUAGUGAAGAAAGCAUUUCCGUUGAUGAUCCUACUUGGACCGAUCCCUACUUUUCUAUAUUACGAAUACGAAAUUCCUCGCCCAUCAUGGCCGACUACGCUACACUUUGUGUUGUUCCAUAAUUAUGGCAUUAUUUUUGGAUCGCUGUAUACAUUGCUUCCGGAAUCCUCCAGGUCAAUUUCGCCGGUUCCUGAGCUCGCGAUCGAUGACCACUUUGGGAAAACUUUCUUAUAGCGUGUAUGUGCUGCAUGUUUCUCUGCUACGAUGGAUGAUAAACUACAUUCCGAUGAUGGUGCACGUGUCCAUUCCUAACAUACUGAUGCUAUCGGCGGCAACAGUCGUCGCAUCGUAUCUACUAGGACUCGUAGUGUAUCUCGUUAUUGAGCAACCGACGAGCUUGCUGCUGAGACAUUUGUUCUUCGAAGCUCGCAGGACGUCAAAAGUGGACUGAUGGACGUUAUGGAAAGACAGUGAAACCUCGAGAAAACAAAAAAAUACGGCAUAGUUAACAACCGUUGUUUUAAGUUUUACAUCAAAUAUCUAACAACACUUCCAAGCAGCCCUUUAGUACAUUUAGUUUCCAAGCCGAACGUCUGCUGAUGUCACUUUCGUCCAAUCACGAGCUGGCUCAGGAUUGGUUCAAAAAUAGGGGGCAGGGUAGGCGGAUCCUGUCCUAGGUGGAUAGGAAAAUAAACACGAAGAAGAAAAAGGUUAAUUAACAAAGGUUCGCAGCAGAUUUGUGCAGUUUAAGAAUAAUUUAAUUAAACGCUUAAAGUUAAAAAAACGGUGUUGUAAAUCAUAACAAUUAGAAGUACUGUUGCAAAAUCGUUAAAGCUAGUAGAAUGGCUGAGUGAAAUUAAAGCUAAAGGUAAAAUGUGCGAUAAAAUAACAGAAAUAAAUUUAACCUAGAA